CCGGGAGGCGACGCCGAGCCCACGUUCUUGCCGCCCCUGACGCCCCCGAAGAUCGUCGGCAGCAGGUACUUCCAGCCGAGAGGCCGCAAGGAGUUGACCAGCAGCCCGACCCUGCCACCCAUCAACACCUACGCGCCGUCGUCCGCGCGGGAAGCCAUCUGGCACCCCGACGUGCUGCGGCGGGGGCCGGACGUGUUCGGGGCAGGUUCCUUCUCGGCGCGGCUCCGCGGCCUCCCGAAGGGGUCCAGCCAGUCCCGGGACAACUCCGGGUCGCCGCGCUCGCGCGACAGCGACGGUGAGAAGUACCACGCGCCCCGCCGGCACGGCAGCGCGGGCAGCUGGGAGCCGAAGGGCGGCAGUUGGCGCGGCAGCCGGCGCGGCAGCGCGUCGCCGUCGGAGGCGCGCAGCUGGAGCCCGCCCAGGCGCACAAGCUGGAGCCCGUCCCGGAGGCCGUCGAUCAAAGGAGGCACCUUCCAGUCCGACCGCGACCUGCCCGGCCAGCGCGCAGGUGCGUCGUGGUUGCCCUCCCCCAACUUGGAGGGCACCGGGUGGUACGACCUGCACGGCCGACGCAGAGGCCGC